AUGCCUAUUGGAAAAAUCGAGUGCUUCGAUUUAAAUAGCAAAAAAUGGUCGGCUUACAUACGACGCGUGGAACAGUUCAUUCAACUCAAUAAAAUCGACGAUGAUUUAAAAGUCGCAACGUUGAUUACGGUGGUGGGCCAACCUACGUAUGAUCUCAUGAGUGAUUUGUGUGCUCCUAAUAACCCGGAAACAAAAACAUUCGCGGAUUUGGUGAAAUUAAUCGGCGAACAUAUUGAACCGAAACGAUCCGACAUUGCGGAGCGACAUGUUUUUCGUUUGCGCCGACAGAGGGCCGGCGAACCACUCAGUCAAUACCUUCAAGCACUGAAACAUCUAGCGAGUACGUGUAAUUUUCGAUCGAAUCUCGAAGAAAAUUUAAGAGAUCAAUUCGUAUCCGGGUUGGUUAGUGACGAUAUGAGGUCUCGUUUAUUUGCUGAACCCGAAUUGACCUACAAGAGAGCUGUGGAAUUGGCUUUCGCGCUGGAGGCGGCGGAUAGACACGCGCAAGCCAGUGUGUCAUCAAGUCGGGAAACGGCUGGCGGAGAGUGUGCACCCGCGGCGGAGCCCCUGCUCCGGGUGGCGGCAGAGGGUCGCGCUGCGCGCGGCCGUGGCGGUGGCGGCCCCGGCGCCGCGCGCGCCGGCUGGUCGGCUGCGGUGACCUGCUGGCGGUGCGGGCGCAGGGGGCACGUUCGUUCGUCGUGCGGUGCGAAGAGCGCGAGAGGGAGCGGAACUAACAACAGUGAAGUUCAAGGUCGCGCACGGGAUAAAAUUCAAUAUCUUGAUAGUGAUAGUGCAUCGGAAAGUGAAAUGUUUAGUUUAAAAGUGUGCGGCCUAGGUGAUCGCCCAUAUAGUGUGCGUGUACAGGUAAACGAAAUGUAUUUGGAUUUCGAGCUGGACACUGGCAGUAAGUUAUCUACGAUUAACUAUGACUGUUAUGAGCGAUAUUUUAAAAAUUGUACAUUAAGGGAAAAUAAUGUUCGUUUACGUUCCUAUACGGGAACUUUAAUUGAACCGGUAGGUUAUUUGUUAGUCGACGUCACACUGGAAACGUACAAGGCGAGUCAACUGAAAUUAUUUGUCAUUAGGGACGGGGGCCCUCCGCUGAUGGGUCGUUCUUGGCUUCGUCAUUUAAAAAUUGAUGCGGUACAAAUUAAUGAUUUUCUUUGUAAUUUAAGAAAUGACACCAUAGUGGAGAGUCUGCGUCAAGAGUUUCCUACCGUGUUCGCGCCUGGAUUAGGUACAUGUUCGGUAAGGAUGUCAUUGAAACUCAAAGAUAAGACUCCGGUAUUUUUUAAAGCGCGACAGUUGCCUUUAGCCUUACGUGUGCCAGUCGAGAAAGAGUUGGAUCGGCUCGUGGUAGAAGGUACCAUAGUUAAAGUGGAUUAUUCCGAUUUUGGAACCCCAAUCGUGCCGGUAAUUAAAAAGUCGGGUGAAAUCCGCAUCUGUGGGGACUACAAAGUCACCAUAAACCCGAAAUUGUUACGGGAGCCCUACCCACUACCACGAAUCGAAGAAUUAUUUGCCGCUUUGAGUGGUGGUCAACAGUUUUCUAAGAUCGACCUCACUAACGCGUAUCAGCAAUUACUAUUAGAUGAAGAUUCUCAGCCCUAUAGCGCGAUAUCAACACACAUAGGUACGUUUGUAUAUAAACGCACGCCAUAUGGAUUGAAUUGCAUUCCCGAGAAGUUUCAAAAGUUCAUGGAGGAGACCCUGCGUGGGUUGAACGGGGUAGUAGUUUAUCUGGACGACAUCGCGGUGACCGGCCGGGACAGGGCGGAACAUGUUGCUAAUUUAAAACGCGUUUUGGGACGCUUACGUGAUGUCGGUCUUAGAAUAAAGUAUGAGAAAUGUUCAUUCUUACAAGAUAGUAUAACCUACGUUGGUUUUGUUAUCGAUAAAAACGGAUUACAUCCAGAUCCGAACAAAGUUAAAGCAAUUGUCGACGCACCCGCGCCAACCGAUGUACCACAGUUGCGUUCAUUUUUGGGGUUGGUCAACUAUUACUCUAAGUUUUUGGCUAACAUCAGUACGGUGCUGGCACCCUUGCACGAGUUGUUGAAGAAGAAUAUUAGUUGGAAUUGGUCGCGAAAAUGUGACAAAGCCUUCGAAACAAUUAAGAACAUGAUAAUAAAUAAGAAUAUUCUUGUUCAUUACGACCCGACGCUGCCGUUGGUGCUAUCUGUAGACAGUAGUUCGUACGGCAUCGGGAGCACACUAGCACAUCGCUACCCGAAUGGCGAGGAGCGCCCUAUAUGUUUCGCGUCGCGGACGUUAAAUAAGGCCGAGCGCGCGUAUAGUCAAUUAGAUAAAGAGGCCUUAGCCAUUGUCAGUGGGGUUAGUAAAAAUCAUCAUUAUUUGUACGGUCGUAAUUUUAUUAUUAAGACUGACCAUAAACCCCUCGUGUUUAUAUUCGGCUCAAAAUCAGGGUUGCCACAGACAGUUGCCAGUAGAUUGUUGAGAUACGCGGUACGAUUAGCAGCGUAUGAUUUUGAAAUUGAAUUUGUAAAAUCUAAGGACAACUGUAGUGACGCUUUAUCGCGUCUGCCUUUGCCGUAUGAACGUAGAGAGGCGGAAAUGGAACCAAUGGCGUACAUAAAUUACGUUGAAGACUCAUUCCCGAUUUCCGCUAAGGAAGUGGCGCGGAAUACCGUGAAUGAUUGUGUUUUAAAAAAUAUCUAUCGAUAUGUGGAAACCGGUUGGCCUUCCAAAGUAGCAGAAGUCGAAAAACCUUAUUUUUACCGCAAGGACAGUCUAAGCAUUGAAAAGGGGUGCCUUUUAUACAAUCAUAGGGUUGUGGUACCAGAGGUGCUGCGACGCCGGGUGCUACGCGAACUUCACGAGGGGCAUCUGGGCGUCGUAAAGAUGAAAUCUAUCGCUAGGGGGUAUGUUUACUGGCCUCAGCUAGAUGCUGAAAUAGAAAGUUUAACCCGCGAAUGCUCCGCAUGCUGCCAGCAGCGCGACGCGCCGCCGCGUGCUCAGCUGCACCCGUGGGCUUUCCCGGCGAACCCCUGGAGCCGAUUGCAUAUUGAUUUUGCGGAAUUUAGAGGUAAGCGUUAUUUAAUCACGGUGGAUGCUCACAGUAAGUGGGUUGAAGUACAAAAAAUGAACGAUGGUACCACAGCCACAGCCACUAUAGGUAAGCUACGCGAAUUGUUCGCACGUUUUGGAUUACCAUCGGUCGUGGUCAGCGAUGGAGGCCCUCCAUUUAGUUCGUUCGAAUUUGCUGAGUAUAUGCGUAAAAAUUUAAUUACACAUACUAUAACCAGUCCAUACAGACCGGCGGGAAACGGUGCCGUGGAAAACGCCGUGAAGUCCGUGAAGAAGGCUAUGAAGAAAGCGGUGCAUGAAGGUAUGGAUAUUGAUACGGCGGUCAACAAAUUCUUAUUCCAGUACCGUAAUGCGGAACACGCGAGUACGGGAGUCGCGCCAGCUGUCGCCCUCCUGGGCCGGCGCCUGCGCGGGCGACUCGAUGUGCUGAAACCGUCUGCGACGGAUCGCAUGGUAACUUCUCAAGAGAAAUCGGGACAGCAAAAACCUGGAUGGGACAGGAGCGUGGAGGUCGGUAGUGCAGUCUUAGCUCGUAAUUACAGUCCGAGGCAGGACAAAUGGUUACCAGCUGAUGUUACGGCUCGGGAGACCCCCUGUACUUAUAGAGUACGCACGUCUGACGGUCGAGAAUUCCAACGUCACAUAGAUCAGCUGUUAUCAGUGAGAAAGCCAGCUCGAUACUCUUCCGUUCCUGCUAUUGAAAGCUCCGUCUCUAACGAGUUUAAUGAGCCAGAGGAGGGUCAACCCGAUUCCAACGUCGAUUCGGCGCCGUCAGGUGCGAAUGUACUUAAUACAUCUGGUGUAAAUGUAUGCGACACUGCUGAACCAUUUCCGCCUCCGAUUAAUGAUAAAGACGAACCUCGCACACGCCCCAGACGUGCCGGUAGAUUUACUGGGAAAUAUGGAAAAUGUUAA